AUGAUAGAAUUGGAAGAAAUGAUCAAUGCGAAUAAUGAAAAAGAUGUUCUAAAUGAUAAUAAUGUGGAAGUAAUUCGACGUAUUUUGGAUGAGAUGAUUGAAAGCCGUCUAAAAGUAGUCAGUCAACAGGAGAGUGUUUGCAUUUCUAAUUCCGAAUGCUGGAAGGAAACGGGGAUAAGAUUACUAAACAACAGCACAUCCCGUAUUUUUGAUAGCGGAAUCAAUGAAUUGAAAGAAGGUCCACCAAAAAAGCGAAGGAAAGGUUCAUCUGAUAUAAACUGUGACUGGAAUGAUGAACGUGCAAAAAUACGGACCGUUGCUGUUGAUGCUGAUUUUAUUCAAAAAUUCAGUUAA